UGCACAGGAGGGAAUCCUGCAUGCUUCUGGAAAUGGGAUACCCCCAUUAACAAAGGAUUACUGCAUACGUUACAAUCCUUCUUGGGUAUCUCUUCCAAAUACCCUGGAUAACAUUACUUCCAGUAGUUUGGAGAACUUGACCUCUAAAGUGUUCUGCAGUAAUUCUGAAGUUCCUUCUACUCUUGUAAUAAAGGACAAGGCAGUUGUAGUGAUGAGGGGAAACUGCUCAUUUGUGGAUAAAGCGAGAACUGCUCAAAGUCAUGGUGCUAAAAUACUGCUGAUUGCCAGUAAAAGUGGUCUAUCUUCUCCUUCAGGUAACAAGACUGAUGUACAAAACGUAACCAUUCCAGUUGCUCUUGUAAGAUUUGAUAUAAUGGAUAUGCAGCAGGCCCUUGGAGCAAGCGUUAAUGUGACACUCUAUUCACCAUCUUUGCCAGAGUUUGACUACAGUAUGGUUGUCAUCUUUCUAAUUGCUGUGCUCACUGUGGCGCUGGGAGGCUACUGGAGUGGAGUAUCAGAGCUUGAGGAUUUAAAGGCAGUGACAAACCCUGAAGACAGAGAAAUGAGAAGAAAGAAAGAGGAAAACGUUACUUUCACCCCUCUAACGGUUAUCAUAUUUGUGGUAAUCUGUUGUGCCAUGCUACUCUUACUUUAUUUCUUCUACAAAUGGCUAGUGUAUGUAAUAAUAUCAGUUUUCUGUUUGGCAUCUGCAAUGAGCCUGUACAACUGUCUUUCUGCUCUAAUUAGAAAAAUAUCAUUUGGGCAAUGCAGGAUUUCAUGUUGCAACAAAAGUAUUGAAGUGAGACUUAUUUUUCUUGCUGGAUUCUGCAUAGCCACAGCUGUUGUUUGGGCAGUGUUUCGAAAUGAAGAUAGGUGGGCUUGGAUUUUACAAGAUAUCUUGGGAGUUGCUUUUUGCCUAAACUUUAUUAAAACACUGAAAAUGCCCAACUUUAAGUCAUGUGUGAUACUUCUAGGUCUCCUUCUUUUGUACGAUGUAUUUUUCGUCUUCAUAACACCAUUUAUCACCAAGAAUGGGGAAAGUAUAAUGGUUGAAGUUGCAGCUGGUCCUUUUGGUAACAGUGAAAAGUUACCAGUCGUUAUUAGGGUACCUAGACUUGAAUACUCUGCACUGACGAUAUGUGGAAUGCCGUUUUCACUACUGGGUUUCGGAGACAUCAUUGUACCAGGUCUCCUGGUUGCCUAUUGUCGAAGAUUUGAUAUUCAGACAAGAUCGUCUUCUGUAUAUUAUGUUUCCUGCACUAUAGCUUAUGCUGUUGGCAUGGUGUUGACUUUUGUUGUUCUGGCACUGAUGAAGAUGGGACAGCCAGCCCUUCUCUAUUUGGUACCAUGUAUCAUUACCAGCUCACUUGUUGCCUGGAGACGCAAGGAGAUGAAGAAGUUUUGGCAAGGUAGCAGCUAUCAGGUGUUGGACUCCUCCAGGAAGCCUUUGCUACAAGAUGAUGGAACAUCUAGAUUAUACAGCGAAUGAAGAAAGCACUACGACCACCAAUGAACAGUCUGGAGAACAAUAACACCGAAGAGUGUGAUCUAAAAUAGUGGUAUUCAGAUUUUAUACAAAUAAACUUUAGAAAAUUGACUGAUUUAACAUUUACGCUAGAGUAUUUCAUGUUCCAGAUGAACAUUGUCUUUUUUACACUUGCACAUAUUUUUAUGGAAAGGGUACUAUUAAUUACAUUAUAUCGAAGUGAUUAAAAUAGAUUUCCUUUUUUAACAGACAAUAUAUUUAGUAAACCUGUGCCUUAUAUCACUUUAAAUAAAAAUAUUGUCUAUGCAAUUUUCUAAAUGUGUUAUAUACAAUAUAUUUUUAUACAAGUAUAUCUUGCCCCCAACUCCAUCGGGUAUAAAAUGACUUUCUGACUGAUAUUUGCUUAAAAUUGGUUGGCUUGCACUACUAGAAAUUAGAAGUUCCCUUCACAGGACUUCUCUCAAACUUCUGAAUGCAGAGAUUAUGUUCAUUAGAUUAUAAAAUAGUAGCGCAACUGUCUGAUUUAGGUCUGUAUAUAUAAACUAUAUGGCAUAAGCCAUAAAGGUGGAUAUGGUGCAACUCAACUUGCUUUUAUUUUCUGCCCCACAUUGGCCCGUCAGUCAGCAGUGAAAAUAGAACUACAAUAUAUAAUUUAAACUAAACUUGAUGCUUUGGUUGCGUUACUCAAUUGCCUAGAAAUCUAUAUACAGCCCCAUAGUAGUUAACCACACAAACUUCCAGUUUCUUUUUUCCUAGAAUUUCUUUAAUUAGGAAAAAAAAAAAAAAAACCUCUGGAAUUCUUGACUGCUUUGAAUCUCUGGCCUGGCAACUUGCCCUAGAACCCCAGACCUUGUUCUUGCAGCUGUGGACUUCAAUGGGUGUAGGAUCAGGCUCCUAUAAAGGAAGAAGAAUCCUCUAGAUUUGGACCCACCCAAUCCUGAAGUUUUGGAGAGGAAGUUUUAAGAGUUAUUUGUAGUUGAUGCUAUACAAAAUAAGUAAAAGUCACUGUAAUCCUUAGUUAAGGCCAAAGCAUGUGUUUUAAUUUGUCACUUAAUCUUAAUUUCUGUCUUGUUUUAUUGAUAUGUUAUAAAAAAAUUAAAAAGGAAAGUGAGCUAAAUCAUUACUUCACAUUUAGGAGAGUUUGAUUUUGUUAACACUUGAUUUUCUUUUGGAAACUGCAAAUGGAGGAGAUACUGAGGGAUUAGGCCCAUAAUACGAUACAGCAGUUAUGCUAACACUUUUUGACCAAAGAGGCUUGCAGAAGCCUACAACUGCAAACCACUGAAGUUGACCCACUGCUAAUUUCAGGAAGCCAUUUAAAUACAAAGCUUCUUCCUUUUUUGUAAGUGAAUUAAGUUCUUACAGUAAGUGCCAGAGUGAGAUCCCUAGAAACGGCAAUUCAACAGCAGACUCAACACGAGCAAUGGCAAUGCCGGCUUCCCAGGAACAUCUCACUUAGUCUCCACAGCUCAGUCAAUCAUUGACCUUUUUGUAGAGACUGACAACAUGUAUGCCAGCUGAUGUGGGUGAUUUAGCCACUUUAUUUGGUUGUAACUGCACUGAAACUACCAUGGCCACAAAACUGCUUUCAGAUGGUGAUCGUGGUCACUUCCUACUAUCCUGAGCUAAACAUACCCAGGCUAUAUCAAGUUGAAAUGCUGUCAUAUCCCAUUAUCGAUUUUUCUGAGCUAUCCAAUACCUCUUCAGUAGACUCUAGUUAUUACAGUCAAUUUCAGGCAUUGGAAAUACCUCAGUGCUUAAUAGCAUUACAGUAAACGUUGAGGUAAUCUGAAAUCAGAUUACAAAAUUCUGUACAGAAAAAUAGGGUAAGACGUCUUUUUACUUUACUUUCUAGUGCAAACUGCUAAGUUGCUGUAAUGAAUGGAGUGGUAAGGAGAGAGAAGUAUCUGAAAAUUUCAUAAGAAACUAAGAUCAAAACUUGGUGUUUUGCUGUACUUUCAAACUUUAAAGGCUUCAUAAACCCAUGUAAAAUUACCCUGUGUUUUUCCCUCUGGAGGAAUUUCUAUCUAAUUUUAUGUUAAACUUCCAAAACUACUUGAUAACCAAUCUAGUGUAAAUUAAGGAGCCGUUUGGCAGCUUGUUUAACAAUGUGUUCAGCAGCUUGCUGUGAGAGGUUUGUAUCGCUCAAGGCCUAAUUACUAUUCUCUGAGGUUUCACACACACGGGAUGUAAACUAACAGUUUUUUUCUUUGAACGCUUGUGCUUGAUUUAGGGAAAAAAUCAAUGAGAUUAAAGUUCGAUGUACUAGUUAGUGUCAGCUACUGAAACUUAUUGUAUGACUAGUUCAAGAGAACAUGUAUUUUCAAUUUGUUUUAAGGAGUUUUGGUGGUUUAAUACUUGGACUUUUUUUUACACUAAGAGCCUUACUAGCAUUACUUAAUAUAAAAUUGUGCUUUAACUUUUUUCAUUGUAUGAAUACUGACAACAGCCCUCUCCCGUGCAAUUUUAAAUGAUCACAUUAAGAAUGUUUUCAAUAAAUUGUCUUUUUAAGAAGUAA